ACGGCGGUUAACUACUUUCUGCAAGGUUUAUCCACAAAAUAAAGUUAUCUUGGCAUUUAUGAGGCUAUUCUACGCCUUUUUACAUAAAUUACAUACAUAAACGUAAUAUAUGACAAACGAACAGCUGUAAGGAUCCUCAAAAAUGCUUUUAAGUUAAACAACCAAAUUUUCUAAGUAUUUUUUAACAGUAAACAAUAAAAGAACCAUGGCAAAGUGGAAAUUAUGUCGUCAUGAGUUUGGCACUGAAGAGUUUACUUUGGAGGAAGACACAAAAAUAUCCAUUGGCAGAGGAUACGACAAUAAAAUAACUUUGUCGAGCAUAGUGAUAUCGAGAAAUCAUUGUGUUAUAGAAGCACAAAAAGACUGCAUUUUAAUUACAGACUUAAAAAGCUCUAAUGGCACCUACAUUGGGAGUAAAAAAAUACUUGUUGGAGCUACAUUAUCUGCAAAGCAUAAUGACCUAAUUGGUUUUGGAUGGACCACAGUAGUCAGCUCGCUUCCAUCCAUCACUGACAAUGACAAGCAUGUUUAUAAAUUAGUCAACGAAAACUACAAUGAAACUGCAUUCAACAGAGAAUCUAAAUAUAAAAGAAUACAAUAUCUUAGUGACAGUGAUGAUAACCUAGAAUCUAAAAUUUCUUCCAUGGAUGCAGGGGAGGCCAAUGCAAAAGAACUAUUAUCUAAUAAAGUAAAAUCAGAGUCCAAGUCCUUGAAAAGAAAAUCACUUGAUAACAUUGAUGCUGGGAGUACGAAAAUUAAAAAAGAAGAUAAUCUAACUGAUUCUAGUUUAAACAAUCAAGUAACAAAGAAAGAAGAGGACCUUUUUAAACAAAGCACAAAUGUCAUCAACCUUUUAUCGGAUAGUGAUAGUGAAGUAGCAACCAAAGAUUCUAAAAAGAGCUUACAUGACACUAAGAAAGUUAAAAUGGAUCCUAUCUUAGAGGAACCACCAAAACAUGAAACUAAGAAUAUUAAAAACAAUCCCAUUUUGGAGGAACAACCAAAACGUGACACUAAGAAAAUUAAAAUUGAUCCAAUUAUAGAGGAACAACCAAAAUUAACAGUCAAAGAAGAAGUAAUGAAUACUGAAAAUGAAAUAUCCGAUUAUGAAGUGUUUGAUGUAAAGCAAGAGUAUUUAGGAUUUGAUGAUAAUGAACUCAUUCAAAUAGAGGAUAGUGAUACUGAUAGUGAAUCAGAACAAUGGCUAAUGAGACUUUCCCAAAGCUCUCCUGGCAAACCAUUCAUAAGAUGCAGCAAUGAAAUAGUUCCUCAGCAAGAGAACACAUCAUACAGCCAAAUCGAUCCCAUUAUUGACUUAGAUAAUGAUGAAGAAUUCUAUGAUGAUAUAAUAAGUAUUCCGCCGCCUCCACAAUCUAAAGAAUCGGAAAAUAAGAUAAGUCCUAAUGAAACAAAAGAUGAUAUAUCUGCAAAAAAUAAGGAGUUUUUCGGCGAAAUAACUGAUGAAGAAGACUUUAUGAAUGAUAUAAUAAGCCUUGAUGCACCAAAAACUCCCACUGCACUGGAGGAUUUGGAGAAAGGUGAAGACAGAGUAGAUGGUUGUUCUACAGUUCCACCCAAACCUGUUGUUGAGAACCAAAAUGAUAUUGCAAAGAAAAUACAAAUGAUUGAGCCGCUUGUGCAAUUACCAAAGAGGAAAUCACACUAUGCCACUAGUCCUGAAGGUAAAUCAAAAGUUACUACAUCAUCAAGAAGUACUUCUGUAAAACCAUCUUCAUCUUCGUCCUCAAAGAGGAGUAAGUCAUCAAAACACUCCACGUCUAAAAAUCAGAUAAGUGAGGCACUAAAAGAAGAACGAAGAAAGAAAUUAAGGGAGAUUGCUAAUAAAGAUAAACAAACAGACCUAAAUUCUAGUAAAACUGAUAUUUCGGACAAUCAAUCCAAUAAAGCAAAGGUUAAUAUUAAACAAACGUCUUCCAACCGAGGGGCGUUCUUGGCACAGGAACAAGUAGCGCAAGCAAUUGUAAAACCUAUGGCAAGAAAAACUAGUCCAGAAAAACCUCAUAAAACAAAAAGCAAGAAAACGGAAACGUCUAAAAAAAGUUCACAUAGCCGGGAGGCGCGUUCCGAAGAUAUUGAAAACUCGAAAAAACGAAAAGAAAAAGAUACUAAGCAGCCAGAAAAAGUAGAAACCAAAAGACCUCAGAAACCGUCUGACCGACGGGUACCACUGAAGAGCCUUAAACCACUGUCAGAAAGUGAAGAAUCAAAGAAACCAAUAUCAAAAGUAGAUCCCAUGCCCCCUAAAAAACCAAAGAAAUCAGUCCGUUUUUCUGAUGCACCUCCUCAAAUUGUCGAAUUUGAAAUUGAGCCGGGAAACAGACUGAAUAAGACUAGCUCUAUAAAAACUACACUUGUAGACACACCUCGAAGUAUGCCGUCAUUCUCUUUAGAAAAAUUAACUUUAAUCAAAAUUCUGAUAUGGAAUCCACAUUGGCUAGAUGAGCAGAUUAAUAAUAAUGAGCCGCCUCCAAUAUUAGGACAUAAUAAUAUUCCGUUGAAUAUUUUUCAAGCAUUUGAUAAUCAUCGUCAGUAUGUUGGGCAAGUUGGCGACCUGCUUUUGAUGGAGAUUUGGGAAUGUGUAACACAGGGCUACAUGAGAGUAAGGGAUCAGAAUACUGGUGUUCCUAUGAAAAUUACUUCACUGCCACCUCCACCACCGAAAGAGCGCGUACACGACUUAUUCAAUAUUACUGUAGAAAUUGCUGUACCAAGGUCUGAAACUAGAAAUGUACCAAGAAUGGGAGACAUAAUGAUUGUCUAUUUCGGGCCAGAAAAUGCAAAGAAUUCAAGAUUUCUUUAUGUGACUAAUGUCCAACAACCAAAUAACAGACGGCCUUGUUUCACAGUAAAUCUGAAUGCAAUAUUCACUGACAAGAUGAGGUCAAUGCACCCUGGCGACGUAUUGAUCGGGAAGAGCCUAGCGUAUAUACAGAAAGAACUGGCUCUUUACGAAGCAAUGGAGUACAUGGCCAGGUCGCCACUUAGCGAGGCCAUUUUAAGGCCGGAGCCUCAACAUUUCCCGGAAGUACCACACCAUCCGGAAUGUAACAUGAACUCAAGGUGGGUCGCAGGUCUAAACGACAGUCAAAAGGCGGCCAUAAGCGCGUCCGUGUCGGCGGCGCUCGGCGACCGGCCGCGCAUACAGAUGGUGCAGGGACCUCCUGGCACAGGCAAGUCGGCGGUGAUCACGGCGAUGGUGAUGGCGUACUUCUACGACCCGGCGGAGCGGCGGCUGCAGAACCGCGGCAAGAUCCUGAUCUGCGCCACCAGCAACGCCGCCGUCGACGAGCUCGUCUGCCGGCUGCUGAACAUCAGGCAGACGCUGCCCAAGAACGAGCGGUUCCGCAUGGUGCGAGUGGGCCGCGCCGACGCGAUGCACCCGCGCGCGCGCGACGUCAGCUCGCAGGGGCUGGCGCAGCGCGACGCGCGCGUCCGCCCCGACCAACAGGCGCCCGCCAUCAAGGAGGAGAUCUCGAGACUGACUGCCAAAAUCAACAUGUGGGAGAGCGCGAGCCACGAGUCCAAAGAUCCGUCCCGCAAGGCCUACUGCAAGGAGCGCGUCAAGCAAUUCACAAUCAAAAGAGCACAGUUAGGGGGGUCUGGGGAGGGCGGCGAGGAGCCCCGGGCGGAGGACGUGGCGCGCGCCGAGCGGCGCAUCAUCGAGGGCGCCGACAUCGUGCUCACCACGCUCGCCUCCGCCAUCAACCACAAGAUGCGCGGGUUAAAAAGACGUAUCGCGUUAUGUAUCGUGGACGAGGCGGGGCAGGCGAUCGAGCCGGAGGCGCUGAUCCCGCUCACGCUCGACGUCACGCGGCUCACGCUCAUCGGCGACCCGCAGCAGCUGCCCGGCUACAUCUGCUCACAGCGCGCAAAACGUCACGGCCUAGGCGAGAGCUUAUUCUCCCGCCUAGCGAGCAGCGCGGAGAGCUGGCGGCGGACGCCGGUGGUGCUGCUGGACACACAGUACCGCAUGCAGCGCGCCAUCGCCGAGUACCCGGUGCGCGCGUUCUACGCGGGCCGCGUGGCCUGCGCGCCCGCGCCGCGCCCCGCGCUGCCCGUGCUGCCCUACGCCAUCCUCGCCGUGGCCAGCGGCGACAAGGGCCAGGGUGCAUCAGGCAGCAACGACAUGGAGGCGUGGGGCGUGACUCGGCUAGCACUCGCACUGCGCGAGGUGGCGCGCCGGCUGGACCUGAACAUGGCCAUCAUUACACCCUACAACGCGCACAAGGAGCUCAUCAAGAGGAACCUUAAAGCACUGCAGCAGGAUCAAUCGGAACCAGUGGAGGUUAACACGGUGGACAGCUUCCAAGGGCAAGAGCGGGACAUCAUAAUAGUGUCGCUGGCUCGCUCGCACGGCGUGGGCUUCCUGACGGACGCGGGGCGCCUCAACGUGAUGCUGACGCGCGCCAAGCACGCGCUCGUCAUCGCGCUCAACCCGCAUGCCUUCAUGAGGAACGAUCAGUGGCGUACUUUGGUCGAAGAUGCGCAAAAGAGGCGAGUUCUACGGCAGCUGCCGAUCAAAAUGUGCCAACCUCUCAUCCCCGGUCAGCCCGUCGAGGAAAUACUGCAGUACAUAAACUAAGAGCCAUUUUAAAUUCUGACCACUAAUAUAUGAUCAUUGUCAAGAGGGCGCUGUUAUUCUCAACUGCCGUACAGAAAGGAACUUCCUACAAAACCGAAGUUUGACAUCGGUUCAGGGUCGAAUCAUGCUGUCCCUUUCUAAUACAUGGCACUAUCCCUUUCGGCUAUUUAGAACUAUUAUCUUAUCUGUGGUCGUGCAUGCAAAGGGACGUCAUGUUGUGUCAACCCUAACAAUUGCUCGGGGCAAUACUGAGCCGAGCGGAGCCGAGUUUGGCCGAAGUCAGGAGUUUCGCACGCCUGGUUCAGUAUAGUAUGAAUAAAUUAGUAACAAUGAAAUUCCGCAACAUGGCGCGUGAUCAUAUACUUCUGGUCAGGCUUUAUAUCCACAUUUAUACAAUAGACUAGGGAUAGAAGACUUGCCCUUGUUGAUUGAAACUAAAACCGCCUUUUAUAUAUGUAUCUGAAAUGCUCGCAUCGAAACUGACUGACGGGCGAAGGAAAAAAAGCUUUUUCCACUUGCUACUUUGAAUAAAAUUGCGCAGAUACAAGGUGCUUAACCAUUUUCUCUUCAGUAUAGGCACAGUUUGUAUUUUGUUUUUUUUUUUCAACGGAAAGAAAACGUUGUUAGGUUAAAUAAGUGUUUUUCUCUGAUCACAUCUUAAAUCUUCUAACUCGCGUCAUUUUAACGAUUCAAACAUUAAUUUGAAUCUGGUUAGUCAUGAAGACGAAUACCACAAAUUUGAUUUGCCAAAAGUUGAAAACCACUCCAGAAUUCACAUAUAUUAGACAGAUCUUGUAUGAAUCUGAUGUAAUAAGAUGUGUUAAUCCUGGUUUCACUUUUUGUUAAACUGACUUAAUAUUUCGUCAAUGCAUUAAUAAAGCAAAUUAUUUCAUUACGUUGGUUAUGUCAAAAGGUCGUUUUGAGACAUGCAGCAAUGUAAGAUUUUGUAUUUAUUUUGUGUGAAAAAUAAUGAAAAAAUCUUCAUGAAUUUUGUAAAACGAUCCGCCGUCAAUAUGAUAUAGCUUAAUGCAAUGAAAUAAGGUCUACUAAUGUUCAUUUUAAUGUGUUGCUGUUAGGAUUAUGCCAUUUGUAUCAGCAAUAAUCGAUUUAUUAGUUAGAAUAGUAAUUAAUUAAACCAGUCACAUGGAGCUUGCUUGCUUGAUGAGCAUGUAUCUCUGUCGACCCCCAUAAAUACAUUUAUUCGUACAAUUAUGCACAAACAUACAUUUAUACUAAAACCUUUUAAAUAGGUAGAAGUAAAAGUGUAGUGCAAUACUUUAUUUGUUUAAAAAUAAAAUAUUGCAUUAAAUGACGACAAUGUUUAACCGAAAUAUUAAAGUUUCAAUGGACUUCAUUUACAAUUUCUCUUUGUCUUUUAUUGGAGAUAAAAUACCGUUUUGAAGUAUGUACAAAACAUUUUUAUUUAGGAUUUAUACUUAAUUAGUCUUAUCUUUACUACGCUUUCGCCAUAUCCGCGUAAAAUUGCAUAAUUUAUAUGAUCAAUUGAUCACCUAUAAGGAGAAUUAAAUUUAAGGAGGGAGGAGGAAUACUUUAAAUUACCAAUGAGGAGGAUUUGCCUAAUGUUUGAGCGCCAUCGUUACUAGUCAAUUAAAGGAAAGCAACGACGAACUAUAGCUCACUAUGAUGUGCCGUUAUAGGUAUGUUGUCACGUGGAUGUGAUGACAAGUUAGAGGAAGCUCGUAACGUAGUGCAAGGGUGUCUACUGUGUAGAUAAGAGGAAGUAUACAUUAUUAUACAUUUAUAUGGUGCCAAUUUACACGUAUGAAAGUAUAAUUUGUAGCUUUAUAGUGGAAGUGGACCAAGUGAUAUUGUUGAUGGUGAUGUUUUACUUUUUAACAUUGUAAAAUUGAGUUAUUGAAUAAGUAAGUGACUUGAACUGUCGAAUGCAACUUUAUCUUUUUCUUGCGAUUAAACUGACUGGAUCGAGUAGCAGGCAUUUAUUUUUUAUUUUAAUUCAUGCCUUACACCUGAAAACAGAAUAUGACGUUAAACACACCAUUCGAAUAUUGUUGUUAUAUUUUGAAUUACAUUAUGUACUUAAAUCUAAAUAUCUAUUCAUUUAUCAAGUUAGAAAUGCUAUCAAAAUAUAACUUUAAUCGAAUGCAGUUCGAAUAUAGUAAUUUAAGAAUAUACCUAUCAAUGUUCAUAUUAUAUGCACUGUAAAGUUCGGUUCUCCUAGGAUUAUAGCGGUGCCGUCUCGAUACAAAAUAAUACGGUUAAAUAUGGGUGUCGUAAUAUUUAUUAUGGGCGGCCGCUAUAUGACGGCACCGCUAUCCUAGGAAACCAGGUCGCGUAGCCAAAAUGCCAAUCGCUUACGCUCCGUAGCGAUCGAAACACAACUGUCACUGUCGCGCUAACAUGGAAGAGUGAUAGAGAGACAUAAUGCUUUUCGUUGUCGAAGCGAUAGCGAUUGUAACUUUGGCUAGGCCGGCUGAGCUUAAGACGUAACUGCCCGAUUGAUAUAAACCGACUGUAUUCCAGUUAUGACUUGUGUGAGAGCUAAACGCCUGUACAACAUAAUGCAGUCAGUUUGCAUUGACUCUAAGGGCCGACUGCAACUUGUAUGGGAAGUCGACGUGCAGUUCCCAUACAAAUUUCAGUCGGGUUGCAGUCUGUCUGUAUCGGCCCUAAGAUCAUUCGCCCGGUGGGCUACCGCGAAUAUCGAAUUUGGGAGUGUCUAUUUGUGAACGCCACUCAUAAACACCCUCCAGACCAUG